AUUCCACCACCUUGCAUAGAGUAGGCUUUGUUCAUGAAUGAUCACAACUAGCGACACUAAGAGCCUUACCCCCUCCAUGGUAGUCUUCAGAUCGUGUAUACGACCGCGACAGUAACUUUCAGUUUACCUGCUAUUUACAUUUCAACGAUAGCUCAAUUAUCUAGUAUUGAACGAUAAAACUGUAAAAUAAAAGCCGUAGCAAUAAUAACGUGGUAUUUCAAGUGUAAUUAAAAAAAGAAUUCAAUAAACAUUAAGAAUUACAUAUAACAGUAAUAAUUUCAAAAUGAGUCGUAAGGAAGCAUUAUCGCAAUUUAUUCAACAAAUACAUGGACGUCCUGUUGUCGUAAAGCUGAAUAGUGGUGUAGAUUAUAGAGGUGUUUUAGCUUGUCUUGAUGGUUACAUGAAUAUAGCUCUUGAACAAACAGAAGAAUAUGUAAAUGGUCAAUUAAAAGACAAGUAUGGUGAUGCUUUUAUUCGUGGUAAUAAUGUCUUAUAUAUCAGUACACAAAAACGUAGAACUUAAGUAAAAUAAAUAUAUAAUUUAUA